CUACGUGGGAAAAGUGCCGCGGGAUGCGGUGUUGUCGGCAUGGAGUGGUAUUCGUCCCCUGGCAACGUUGAACGGGGGUUCAGAAAACAGUACCCAAAACAUGGUCCGUGAGCACAUGAUCGCCGUGGAUAAAGACCGCCUCAUACUUAGCGUUACAGGAGGCAAAUGGACGACAUAUCGCAAAAUUGCCCAGGACGCCGUGGAUAGUCUACGGGACACGCUGUUGAAAGACCGCAUCCCCUUCAAGCCGUGUGUAACGGAGGAGAUACAAUUGAUUGGAGCUCAUAACAUGGCAUCUGUCCCCGCAGCUGCGCCAAGUGGCAUCCCUGAAGACGUGCAUCGUCAUUGGAGGAGUCAGUACGGAGAUCGUUACAACGUUCUUCUUGAAAUGGUGCGUCGCAACCCGGCGGCGCUAAAGAAAUUACACCCGGAUGAGCCCAUCGUGGAGGCCGAGGUGAUAUAUGCGGCGCAACGGGAGCAUUGUGAGCGUGUGCAAGACUUUAUUGCCCGCCGCACACGACUGUCCUUUCUCAAUGUUGACCAUGCCAAGGCAAUCAUUCCCGAGGUUACGCGUGUUAUGGCCGAGACGAAACGCUGGGGCCGAUCCAAGAAAAAUGAGGAGCUGGCGAAUGCCUUUGCGUCCCUGGAUAGUUUCCGGGCCAAUUAA